UUUAUAGGUUAUGUUGUAGAAAGUUAUACAAGUGAGAUUGUGAUGACAAGGUAAAAGAAAAGAAUGUAACAACAAUAAUGCGGACAAUCUUGUAUCAUUCGAAGAGCAGCCCGCCGUCACGGGCCGUUAAAAUGGUUGCCGGCAUCUUGAAUGUACAAUUGGAGGAAAGAUAUCUCAACCCGGUGGCGAGGGAUCAGGACACGCCAGAGUUAAUCGAGAAGAAUCCUAUGAGAUCCAUACCGCUGCUAGACGAAGGAGACUAUUGGCUAGCCGACAGUCACGCUAUAAUUGUGUAUCUUUUUGAAAAAUACGCAAAACCUGAACACCAACAUCUGUACCCCUCCGACAUUCGAAAACGCGCCACGAUCAACCAGCGAAUGUAUUUCGAAUGUGGUAUUUUGUUUCCCAGACUUCGAUCUGUAAUGGCCCCAACAUUCUGGGGAAAGCUGACAGAGCUCUCCAAGUCCAUGAAGUCUAACUUAGAGGACGCGUACCGCACGCUGGAAGCCUACUUGUCUCGCACCCUGUACGUGGCAGACGAUGUACUAACUCUGGCAGACAUAAGCAUCGUUACCACGGUGUCGACGAUGGACGGCAUCUACCCUGUUGAUGUCAAAAGAUACCCAAAUUUAAAGCGGUGGUUGCAGACGAUGUCCCAGAAUGAAUUCUGUCAGAAAUACAACGAGCCCGGAAGGGAAGAGCUGGUGACCGUGCUUGUUACUAUGAUGAAGAACAACAAGCAUACCCAGCAAGCUAAACUUUAAUAUAUGUUGUUGUACUAAGACCUUUGAUACAUAAAUAUGUGAAGGUUCGAGCGUCGCGUCCCGUGUGCAAAAAAAAUCCGACACAAAAAACCAUGGAAAACCAUGAAUGUCAUAAAACAUUCUCAUAAUCAUUCGUGAAUGUCGGCUUACAUAUAGUAUGCUCGUAGGAAUAUCGGCGACAGGCAUUAAUAUUGCAAUACAGCCCCUUAAUCACGGCAAAUUUACGUCGCAGUUUUGUCAACGCGUAUCGAUCAAUAAUAUCUUCCUAGUGCGUUUCCAUGCACGGUCAGCCAAGAAAGUGGUCUACCACUUUUCGACUCUAUCAUCUGAUUAUUCUGAUUGAAAUGCCACUACCACUUUCUUGGCCGACUAUACCAAUGUAAAUAAUCAAUUAAACGAUUAUGUAUAAAAGGAUAAAAGUAGGGGAGUGGUGGUGGUGGUGGAAGUGUUGAAUACUAUAGUUAUGUUCAAGUGGUGUGGAAAUGUAUAUAAAACACAAUUUAUAAGAAUCACAGGUUUUUAUUUCAGUAACUAAAAAGAAAUGCAAAGAAUUUCUUAACUUUACACUCCUGUAACGUCUAGGGCUAACCAUAUGGAUAACUUUUUGAUGAGAAAUGAACGAUUACAAAAAACGUUACACAUUAAACAUUUCCUAUAAGUCUUAUAA